UCCCAGAUUUCAUUCAGCAUCUCCGUCUGGCGCUUGACCUUUACUGCGAAAGACGUAUACCUAGAUACAAAAUCACGAGAUGUAUGGAACAUCUACAGGCCCUCAGACGGGCAUUAAUACCCCGCGCUCCUCCCAGUCCUUGCGACCUCUCAUACUGUCGCAUGGUUCGCUGGAGUUUUCUUUCCUCGUGCCAACCUCCAUUCAUUUUCAAGCUUCUCAAUUGAAAGACACCUUCACAGCCUCGUUACCGGAACCAACGGACGAGCUUGCCCAGGAUGACGAGCCUUCUUCCGUAGCGGAGCUUGUGGCUCGCUAUAUUGGCCAUAUUGCCACAGAGGUAGAAGAAGGCGAGGAUGACGCACAUGGGACGAAUUUGGAGGUCUUGAAGCUCGCCUUGAAUGAAUUUGAGCGUGCCUUCAUGCGCGGCAAUGAUGUCCAUGCGGUUGCAUCGGCCCUUCCAGGGAUAACCGCGAAAAAGGCUUCGGUUGUCAAGGCGUACUACGCUGGCAGGGCGGCUGCUGGACGACCCACCAAGCCAUAUGAUUCUGCGCUCUUCCGUGCUGCCUCAGAUGAGAAGGCGAACGUUUAUACCGUUUUUGGUGGACAAGGCAACAUUGAGGAAUACUUCGAUGAGCUGAGAGAGAUUUAUACAACCUAUCCAUCUUUCGUCGAUGAGUUGAUCUCCUCGUCAGCGCAGUUGCUGUUGUCUCUCUCUCGGGAGCCGGAGGCGAGCAAAUUGUAUCCUAAAGGCAUGGAUAUCAUCCAAUGGCUCCAGGAUCCGGACUCACAGCCCGACACAGAUUAUCUUGUGUCGGCUCCAGUGAGUCUCCCGUUGAUUGGUCUAGUUCAGCUAGCACACUUCGUGGUAACUUGCAAAGCCUUGGGCCGUGAGCCUAGUGAAAUCUUGGAAAGGUUUAGUGGAACUACGGGCCACUCUCAAGGGGUGGUCACCGCUGCAGCCAUUGCCUCCGCAACAACGUGGGAGAGCUUUGAGAAAGUUGCCAAGGAUGCUCUGACUAUGCUCUUCUGGAUUGGUCUUCGUAGCCAACAGGCCUACCCUCGCACAUCUAUUGCUCCAUCGGUGUUGCAGGACUCGAUCGAAAAUGGAGAAGGAACCCCGACCCCUAUGCUGUCUAUCCGGGACCUCCCAAGAUCUGCUGUUCAGGAGCACAUAGACAUGACCAACCAACAUCUUCCAGAGGAUCGCCACAUCUCUAUCUCUCUCGUUAACAGCGCACGGAAUUUCGUUGUCACUGGUCCUCCGCUUUCGCUUUACGGUCUUAAUCUGCGCCUGCGCAAAGUCAAAGCUCCUACAGGCUUGGACCAGAAUCGUGUGCCAUUCACACAACGUAAGGUUCGCUUCGUGAACCGGUUCCUUCCAAUUACUGCUCCUUUCCACAGCCAGUACUUGUAUUCCGCGUAUGACCGCAUCUUGGAAGACCUGGAAGACCUGGAAAUUCCGGCCAAGUCUCUUGCUAUCCCUGUUUAUGGCACUAAAACCGGAGAAGACCUGCGUGAAUCUGGUGAUGCAAACAUUGUUCCUGCGCUGGUGCGCAUGAUUACCCACGACGCGGUAAACUGGGAGCAGGCAACCGUUUUCCCCAAGGCUACCCACAUUGUUGACUUCGGUCCCGGCGGUAUCUCUGGUCUCGGCGUGCUUACGAACCGCAACAAGGACGGUACAGGCGUUCGUGUGGUGCUUGCCGGUGCCAUGGACGGCACCAACGCUGAGAUUGGUUAUAAGCCAGAACUGUUUGACCGUGAUGAGCAUGCUGUGAAGUACGCCAUCGACUGGGUCAAGGAGUAUGGGCCGCGUCUUGUGAAGAAUGCAGCGGGCCAGACCUUUGUUGAUACUAAGAUGAGCCGAUUGUUAGGCAUCCCUCCCAUAAUGGUUGCUGGCAUGACUCCCACCACUGUUCCUUGGGAUUUCGUGGCCGCAACGAUGAAUGCGGGUUACCACAUUGAACUCGCUGGUGGUGGUUACUACAAUGCUAAGACUAUGACCGAAGCGGUUUCCAAGAUCGAAAAAACUAUUCCUCCAGGCCGCGGUAUCACCAUUAAUUUGAUUUAUGUCAAUCCCCGCGCUAUGGCAUGGCAAAUACCCCUGAUCGGAAAACUGAGGGCCGACGGUGUUCCUGUGGAAGGUUUGACAAUCGGUGCCGGCGUUCCCUCAAUCGAAGUAGCCAAUGAGUACAUUGAAACUCUCGGCAUUAAGCACAUUGCCUUCAAGCCAGGUUCCGUGGACGCUAUUCAACAGGUUAUCAACAUUGCCAAGGCAAACCCUAAGUUCCCCGUCAUUCUUCAGUGGACUGGAGGCCGUGGUGGUGGACAUCACUCCUUCGAGGAUUUCCAUCAGCCCGUGCUGCAGAUGUAUAGCCGUAUCAGACGUUGUGAAAACAUCGUCCUUGUGGCAGGCAGUGGCUUUGGAGGGUCUGAGGAUACUUAUCCCUACCUCUCGGGAACCUGGUCAUCUCGUUUUGGCUACCCCCCGAUGCCUUUUGACGGUUGCUUGUUCGGUAGUCGCAUAAUGAUCGCCAAGGAAGCACACACAUCGAAGAACGCGAAGAAGGCUAUUGCGGAUGCCCCUGGUCUUGAUGACCAAGACUGGGAGAAGACAUACAAAGGCUCUGCAGGUGGUGUAGUGACGGUCCUCUCCGAAAUGGGCGAGCCGAUCCAUAAACUUGCAACAAGAGGCGUUUUGUUCUGGCAUGAAAUGGACCAAAAGAUUUUCAAACUCGACAAGGCAAAACGCGUUCCCGAACUCAAAAAGCAACGCAAUUAUAUAAUUAAGAAGCUCAACGAUGAUUUCCAGAAGGUUUGGUUCGGCCGCAAAGCUUCCGGCGAAACGGCUGACCUCGAAGACAUGACGUACGCCGAGGUGGUUCAUCGUAUGGUGGACCUAAUGUACGUCAAACAUGAAUCUCGGUGGAUCGAUGACUCUCUUAAGAAACUGACUGGUGAUUUCAUUCGCCGUGUCGAAGAACGUUUCACUGCGGCUGAGGGCCAGCCGUCUUUGCUACAAAGUUAUUCAGAGCUCAACAGUCCCUACCCUGCUGUGGAUAAUAUUUUGGUCGCAUAUCCUGAAGCGGCAACUCAAUUGAUCAAUGCUCAAGACGCCCAGCAUUUCCUUCUACUUUGUCAACGGCGUGGCCAAAAACCAGUUCCCUUUGUUCCUGCUUUGGAUGAAAACUUUGAGUAUUGGUUCAAGAAAGAUUCUCUCUGGCAAAGUGAAGAUUUGGAGGCAGUUGUAGAUCAAGACGUUGGAAGAACAUGCAUUCUGCAAGGGCCAAUGGCUGCUAGAUUCUCGACUAUCACCGAUCAGCCUGUCCAAGAUAUCUUGAAUGGAAUCCACCAGGGACAUAUCAAGAGCCUUCUUGAGGAUGUAUACAAUGGCGAUGAGACAAAGGUCCCCGUCAUUGAAUAUCUUGGAGGUCGGCUCGAUGAGACCAUUGAUGAGCCGGAGAUUGACGGCCUUACCAUCUCGGAAGACGCCAACAAGAUUAGCUACCGACUGUCGUCAUCCCCUUCCUUCGAUCUGCCUGAGCUUGAUCGCUGGCUACGUCUCCUUGCAGGUACCUCCUAUUCUUGGAGACAUGCGAUCUUCCUUGCCGAUAUCUUCGUUCAGGGCCAUCGUUUCCAAACUAACCCAUUGAAGCGAGUCGUUGCACCGACUUCGGGCAUGUAUGUCGAGAUGGCCUACCCAAAUGAUCCUUCCAAAACCGCCAUUAGUGUGAGGGAGCCUUAUCAGUCAGGCAAGCUUGUUAAGACAGUAGAGGUGAAAAUGAAUGAGAAUAACCAGAUUAGCCUUACUCUUUUCGAGGGCAGAACUGCAGAAGGUGGCGUUGUUCCGCUGACAUUCUUGUUCACUUAUCAUCCUGAAUCAGGAUAUGCGCCCAUCAGAGAGGUCAUGGAAGGACGCAAUGAUCGUAUCAAGGAGUUUUACUACCGCAUCUGGUUUGGCAACAGCGAUGUUCCAUUUGAUACCCCCACGACAGCAACUUUCAAUGGUGGUCGCGAGACUAUUACGUCACAAGCUGUCGCUGAUUUCGUCCAUGCUGUCGGCAACACCGGUGAAGCAUUCGUCGAUCGCCCAGGAAAGGAAGUCUUUGCUCCCAUGGACUUCGCCAUCGUCGCUGGCUGGAAAGCCAUUACCAAGCCCAUCUUCCCUCGUACUAUUGACGGUGAUUUGCUGAAAUUGGUCCACCUUUCUAAUGGCUUCAAGAUGGUCCCCGGGGCCCAGCCUCUUCAGGUUGGUGAUGUUCUAGAUACUACCGCCCAGAUUAACGCUGUUAUCAAUCAAGAUUCCGGUAAAAUGGUUGAGGUCUGCGGUACUAUCAAGAGAGCUGGCAAGCCUAUAAUGCAUGUCACCAGUCAGUUCUUAUAUCGGGGAGCAUACUUGGACUUCGAGAAUACCUUCCAGCGUAAAGACGAGGUUCCGAUGCAGGUUCAUCUUGCGUCGAGCAGGGAUGUUGCAAUCCUUCGGUCGAAGGAGUGGUUCCGUAUUGAUGAUUCUGAUGUUGAGUUAUUGGGUCAAACCCUGACCUUCCGCCUUCAAAGUCUAAUUCGAUUCAAGAAUAAAUCCGUGUUCAGCCAUGUUCAAACAGUCGGUCAGGUACUUCUAGAACUCCCUACCAAGGAGAUUAUUCAAGUUGCGACUGUGGACUACGAAGCCGGAGAUUCUCACGGAAAUCCAGUGGUGGACUACCUUCAGCGAAACGGAACAUCUAUCGAGCAGCCCGUGUACUUCGAAAACCCCAUCCCUCUCAGCGGAAAGACACCUUUGGAGCUGCGUGCUCCAACUUCUAACGAGACCUAUGCUCGCGUCUCGGGCGAUUACAACCCGAUCCACGUCUCACGAGUUUUCUCCAGCUACGCCAACUUACCAGGUACUAUCACCCAUGGCAUGUAUACGAGUGCCGCUGUUCGCAGCUAUGUGGAAACCUGGGCUGCUGAGAAUAACAUUGGCCGUGUCAGGGGUUUCCAUGUAUCCCUGGUUGGGAUGGUUUUGCCCAACGACAUGAUCACCGUCAAGUUGCAGCACGUUGGUAUGAUCGCUGGCCGUAAGAUCAUCAAGGUUGAAGCCAGCAACAAGGAGACAGAGGAUAAAGUUCUUCUUGGUGAAGCAGAGGUGGAACAACCGGUUACCUCCUACGUAUUCACUGGACAGGGCUCCCAAGAACAAGGAAUGGGAAUGGAGCUAUAUAGCAGCAGCCCUGUUGCUAGAGAAGUUUGGGAUCGGGCAGACCGUCACUUCAUGGAGAACUAUGGUCUUUCCAUCAUUGAUAUUGUGAAAAACAACCCCAAGGAACUUACCGUCUAUUUUGGUGGCCCCCGCGGCAAAGCUAUUCGUCAAAACUACAUGUCGAUGACCUUCGAGUCUGUUAAUGCGGAUGGAAGCAUCAAGUCGGAGAAAAUCUUCAAGGAAAUCGACGAAAAUACAACGUCUUACACCUAUCGAUCACCGUCCGGAUUGCUCUCUGCGACACAAUUUACACAGCCAGCUUUGACAUUGAUGGAGAAGGCUAGCUUUGAAGAUAUGCGUUCCAAGGGACUGGUCCAAAGAGAUAGCAGCUUCGCUGGUCACUCACUUGGUGAAUAUUCAGCUCUUGCAGCUCUUGCCGAUGUUAUGCCUAUUGAAAGCUUGGUUUCUGUGGUAUUCUAUCGCGGGUUGACCAUGCAAGUUGCUGUUGAACGCGAUGAACAAGGCCGCUCUAACUACUCUAUGUGCGCUGUCAAUCCAAGUCGAAUUUCGAAGACCUUCAAUGAACAGGCUCUGCAGUAUGUGGUAGAGAACAUCUCGGAGCAAACUGGCUGGCUACUUGAGAUCGUGAACUACAAUGUCGCAAACAUGCAAUAUGUUGCAGCUGGAGAUCUCCGAGCACUUGACUGUCUUACAAAUCUACUCAAUUACCUGAAGGCUCAGAACAUUGACAUUCCGGCCCUCAUGCAGAGCAUGUCUUUAGAAGAUGUCAAGGCUCACCUGGUUAAGAUCAUCCAUGAAUGUGUCAAGCAGACCGAGUCUAAGCCUAAGCCCAUUACCCUUGAGCGUGGCUUCGCUACCAUCCCUCUGAGGGGAAUUGACGUUCCCUUCCACAGCACUUUCCUCCGUUCUGGUGUCAAGCCUUUCCGAUCGUUUUUGCUAAAGAAGAUCAAUAAGAACACUAUUGACCCCAGCAAGUUGGUUGGAAAAUAUAUUCCAAAUGUCACGGCUCGCCCUUUCGAACUUACCAAGGAAUAUUUCGAAGAUGUCUACAGGCUCACGAAUUCACCGCGUAUUGCUAACAUUUUGGCAAACUGGGAGAAAUACGAGGAAGAGAAGUGAGAACGUCUCACACGGUGUUGGUACAAAAUCCGCUUAAAAGAAUAGCCAUAGAAAGGACACUCCUUGCACGAUUGUUACUUUAUAAUGCCUUUGUCUCAUCUCUAUUUUCGACCAAAGAUGUUUCGGCUUAGCGCUGGGUGUUCAAAACGUCUAUCCCAAUUCUACAGUUUUUAUCAAGUGCUAUUUAUACCUCAAUCCCCAUUUCA